UUCACAGUGUCUAUAGGACGAAGAACAGAAAAGCGUUGGGGAGUACUGAUAACUUGUUUAACACUGCGGGCGGUCCAUCUUGAAAUUGCUCACUCGUUGACAACUUCCUCCUGCAUAUUAGCACUGCGUAACUUUAUGGCACGACGAGGUGUACCCACUGUUAUAUACAGCGACCAGGGAACCAAUUUCAAGGGAGCUGAUAAGGAGUUGAAAAUCGCCAGCCAGGAAGUAGACCAUGACCGCAUAAUGAGAGAGUUCAUCAGCACCAGUACGCGCUGGUCAUUCAUUCCACCUGUCUCUCCGCAUAUGGGCGGAUGCUGGGAGCGGCUGGUGCAAUCAGUUAAAAAGAACCUUAAACAAGUCGUGGCAUCGAAAAGACUCACCGACGAAGUACUGCGAAAUGCCCUAACCGAGAUUGAGAAUAUCAUCAAUAGUCGUCCAUUGACCCAUGUGCCAGCACUAGAUGACGGCAUGGUGCUGACUCCGAAUCAUUUGCUCUUAGGUUCAUCAAAUGGGUGCAAGCCGCUUACCAAGAUUGACGAUAGCGCACAGGGACUGAUUCGUGGAUGGAAAAUUUCGCAGGUAUGCGCCAAUGAGUUCUGGAAGCAUUGGAUUAGGGCUUACCUUCCUGAGAUUACUCGGAGAUCUAAGUGGUUCUCUAAAACUAAGCCUAUUGCGGUUGGAGACGUGGUCAUCAUUGUCGAUCCCGACCUACCAAGAAAUUGUUGGCCCAAGGGGAGAGUGAUUGACGUGAAGCUCGUAGCCGAUUACCAAGUAAGAUCUGCCACAGUUCAGACUGUGAAUGGAAUAUAUGAGCGCCCAGCGGUUAAGUUAGCGGUCCUUGACAUCGGGUAAAACGACAGUAAUCCGUGACUGGCACCACGUCAUACUAGGGGGGAGUAUUGUAAUCCAUCGGACUACCCCUCGACAAGGCUUGAUACCACAACGACAAGCUCAACGACAGAUCUCAACAUGGAAACUGUCAAACCAUUCGACGUUGAGUUAGUUAAUGUCAAUUAGUGGUUUCCGGUCAAAUAGCUAUAGCCAAACGUUUGACUGCUAUCAGAUAAAUUCAAUUAUUAUAUUUAAUAUUAAAUUAACCGUGAACUAGUAACCAAUCAUCAAAAUCAAUUGGGUUCAGUUGAGGUUAUGUUCCUAGGUCAGGCGAGGUUGAGUACUGUACGAAGGAAAACUAAACGUAAGUUAAUAAUUACCUACAAAAUCAUUGUUACCGCUUACGUUUUCUCUAGGAGAUUUUUAACAAAUCUACAAUAAAGAUUGUUGCGAUCACGGAAACGUUUUGUCACGGUU